AUGGCGCUGCUCGAUCUCAUCGCGCGUCGUCCGCAGCGGCUCAUCAUGCUCGCUGCCGGCGUGCUGCUCUUUCUCUCGCUGCUCUCCUGGCUCUCGCUCGACCCCUCGCCCAGCACGACGAUGCGCUCCUCCUGGCAAGCCUUGCCUCGGCCCUGGAAGGCUCCCGCCUCCGCCUCCGGUUCAUCCUUCAUCCCUGGAAGCGAGGGUGUCGCAGAUGCAUACACGCACGCACCAGGCCGGCCGAGCUCGAUUGAAGAGCUGACAAAGUGGGCCGAGAAGGGCGAAGAUGGCAAUCUGUACCCGCCGCAGUUUGUCCCCAGCAUGGCCAACCAGGGCCCGCGCGCAAAGGCAGGCUUCAUUGUGCUGGUGCGCAACAACGAACUGCAUGGCAUGAAGGAAAGCAUGAAGGAUGUCGAGUUCCGCUUCAACAGAAAGUACGGCUAUCCGUGGAUCUUUCUGAACAACGAGCCAUUCACGGAGGAGUUCAAGAAGGGCGUCAAGGCCAUGACGCGCUCGGAAGUGCGCUUUGGACUGGUGGGCAAGGAACACUGGGGCUAUCCGGAGUGGAUCGAUCAGGACAAGGCGGCAGAGACGAGGAGGGUGAUGCACGAAAAGAAAAUCAUCUACGGCGACUCGGAGUCCUACCGUCACAUGUGUCGCUUCCAGUCGGGCUUCUUCUUCAAGCACCCGCUCACGCUCGACCUCGAGUACUACUGGCGCGUCGAGCCGGGCAUCAAGCUGUACUGCGACAUCGACUAUGAUCCGUUUGUCUUUAUGCAGAUGAACAACAAGACCUACGGCUUCACCAUGGCGCUGCACGAGUAUCUCGAGACGAUCCCCACACUCUGGCAGACGACGAAAGACUUUGUCGAGAAGCAUCCGCAGUACGUGGCCAAGGACAACGGCAUCCACUUCAUGACAGACGAGCCGGAACGCUUCAUGGACCCCGGCUACAACUUGUGCCACUUCUGGAGCAACUUUGAGAUUGGCGACUUGCGGUUCUGGCGCUCUCAGGCAUACCAGGAUUACUUCAACCACCUCGACAAGUCUGGCGGCUUCUUCUACGAACGCUGGGGCGAUGCUCCCGUGCAUUCCAUCGCCGCCACGCUCUUCCUCGACCGCUCUCGCAUCCACCACUUCAACGACAUUGGCUACUACCAUGUGCCAUGGGAUCAUUGUCCUGCCAACAAGGCCGUCUUCCACGACACGGGCCGCUGCGACUGUGAUCCCAAGAAGUCGUUCGACUACGAAGGCUACAGCUGUCUCAAGGAAUGGUGGCGCACCUCCGUCGAGGGCCCGCCGAAGCGCUACUGAGCCCGCUUCUUUGCUUCUUGCGCAGCCGCG